GAGAGUGUCAGAGAGGCAGAGCUGAUUCGUGCUCACAGCGGACAGACUGACAGAGUAAACAGUCACAGGGACUGACAUGGAGGGCUCCACGGAGGAAGACUACAAAGAGAAAUUAUUAUGGAACGUCAAACGAGAGGUAAAGCAAAUUAUGGAGGAAGCAGUGACGAAGAAGUUUGUCCACGAAGACAGCAGCCACAUCAUCGCUUUGUGCACUGCCAUCGAGGCCUGUCUGGGUCACCAGCUGAAGAGACGGGCAGCUGGUUUCCUCCGCAGCGACAAGAUCGCUGCCCUCUUCACCAAAGUCGGCAAAGUCUACGAGACAGCUGGCGAGGUUUGUAGUAAGGUGCAGGAGCAACUCCAGCAGCAGGCGGAUCUCACCAGGAGAACCCAGAGCGUGAGCCACGAGCCCCUGAGAAGACAGGGUUCGUCCACCACCAGCCGCCCCCCUCAGCCUCUCUCUGCACAGGCCAUCAAACACAUCUGGGUCCGCACGGCUCUCUUCGAGAAGGUCCUGGACAAGAUAGUGCAGUACAUCGUAGACAACUCCAGUAAAUACUAUGAGAGGGAAGCUCUGAUGCAUGACUCAGUGUUCGGACCAAUCCUGGCAGCCCUACUGGUGGGCCCCUGUGCACUGGAGUACACCAAACUGAAGACUUCAGAUCACUUUUGGACAGACCCGUCAGCGAAUGAGCUCGUUCAGCGUCACAGAAUCCACGGAGCUCACAGAGGACAAGACGCUGCAGCCGGACGCCGACCAGCGCUAGGGAUCCGUAAGAGGCAGUCAAGUGGCAGCAUGUCCGAGGAUCGGUUUGCUGCGUCAGCGCGGGAAUAUGUUGAGUCCCUUCACCAAAACUCCAGAACUCACCUCCUGUAUGGCAAAAACAACGUGCUGGUGCAACCGAAGAAAGACAUGGAGGUGUUGCGGGGCUAUUUGUCUCUUCACCAGGCCGGAGAAAACCUCACCCUGAAGUGGACACCAAACCAGCUCAUCAACGGCACGCUGGGAGACUGUGACCUGGAGAAGAGUAUCUACUGGGACUACGCACUGACUGUCCCUCUGCGCCAGAUAGUCUGCAUUCACUGUCACCAACGCCCUGAUUGUGGUGGUACACUGGUUCUGGUCAGUCAGGAUGGGAUCCAGCGACCGCCCUUGCACUUCCCCCCUGGUGGUCACCUCCUAGCCUUCCUCUCCUGUCUGGAAACAGGCCUCCUACCUCGGGGUCAGCUGGAGCCGCCACUCUGGUCGCAGAAAGGAAAGGGGAAAGUAUUUCCUAAACUGAGGAAGAGGAGCAGCACAGCUCGGCUCAUCGACCAGGACAGAAACAGUGAGGAGGACACAGCAGCUGACUAUGUGUUUCGUAUUGUUUACCCUGGCUAUCGAUACGAUGCCAUCACCAUAAACUACCACCACACCACGGGCAGCCGCGCUCCGUCGCUGGACGACGACGAGGAAGAGGAAGAUAGGCUCCAUGCAAUGAUCUCAAUGAUCUGCUCGCGGAACCUCACAGACCCUAAUGUCAUGAAAGACCACGGGGAGAUGAUGGAGAUGCAGGGUUUUGGAGGCAGCCCGUCGUCGUGGCAACAGGCUGAAGUAACCACUCAUGAGCCAGUGUGCCAGUCCUGCACCACAGCAGGCAGUAACCUGUCAUUCGACCUCCAGUCUGGCUGUACCUGUAUACAUGACCCAGCAGACAUUCACACUGUUCCUCUGAAGAUGCUGUGCCAGAACAUGAAGAGGCAGAUCGUGUCCAGAGCUUUUUAUGGAUGGCUGGCUUACUGUCGGCAUCUGUCUACUGUGCGAACUCACCUGUCAGCUCUGGUCAAUCACAACAUCGUCCCUCCUGACAGACCCUGCGAGGCGUCUGGAGGUCUCAGCAAAGAGGUGUGGAGCAAGUACCAGAAAGACUGUAAGAACUAUAAAGAGCUGGAGCUACUGCGGCUGGUGUAUUACGGUGGGGUGCAGCAUGAAAUCAGAAAGGAGGUUUGGCCUUUCCUGCUUGGACACUACAAGUUUGGAAUGGGCAAAAAGGACAUGAGCCAGAUUGAUGUGAAGAUCAGCGAGCGGUACCAGCAGGUGAUGCGGGAGUGGAAAGCUUGUGAGGUGAUCGUUAAGCAGAGGGAGAAGGAGAUGCAGUCGGCCAUCUUUGCCAAGCUCUCCUCAGGCAGCAGUAUUGACAGCCACGUCCUGCGGCUCGUACACAGAGACUCAACGCUCAGCAACGAGGUGUUUAUGUCGGUGGAUGAGCCGGAUGCGGGGAGCCAGGAGACCCCCAGUGGAGAGGACAGUACCCCCACCAUGACCACCCUGGUUCCCCCUGCAGCCCUCCCCCAAGAGGAGCGCCCUCUGGUGGAGUUUGACUCCCCUGACUCGGGUCUCCCCUCCUCCAGAAACUACUCAGUGACCUCUGCUCAUUCCCAGAUCCUGUCCAGCAUAGACGACGGGCAGAGCACGGAGGAGGAAGGGGGGGGCGGGGAGGAGGGCAGGACUCCAGGUGUGCUGGGGGGGCGUCAAGAGUCUCUGACUGAGGACAAACUGUGCAGUCAGCUGGACAAACUGGUGACCAAUGGAGCGGCUGCAGAGGGGAUCUUACCUUCACUUUCCUCGUAUACGAUUGAGCUGUUGGACACAGUGGCCCUGAAUCUGCACAGAAUAGACAAAGACGUGCAACGCUGCGACCGCAACUAUUAUUAUUUCACAACUGCCAACCUAGAGAAACUACGAAACAUCAUGUGCAGCUAUGUGUGGGAACAUUUAGAGAUCGGCUAUGUUCAGGGAAUGUGCGACUUGCUCGCUCCACUCAUGGUCAUCCUGGAUGAUGAGUGCCUGGCCUACAGCUGUUUCACUCAGCUGAUGAAGAGGAUGAGUCAGAACUUCCCCAACGGUGGAGCCAUGGAUACACACUUUGCCAACAUGAGAUCACUUAUCCAGAUCCUGGACUCUGAGCUGUUUGAACUGAUGCAGCAGAAUGGAGAUUACACUCACUUCUACUUCUGUUACCGCUGGUUCUUGCUGGACUUUAAGAGAGAGCUCCUGUAUGAGGACGUGUUUGCAGUGUGGGAGGUGAUCUGGGUGGCACCCAGAAUUUCCUCAAAGCAUUUUGUCCUCUUUCUGGCCCUGGCCCUGGUCACAGUUUACCGGGAGAUCAUCAUUGACAACAACAUGGACUUCACUGACAUUAUCAAGUUCUUCAACGAAAUGGCUGAGCGUCAUGAUGUGCAGCACAUCUUGAAGAUAGCCCGUGAACUGGUGCACAGAGUCCAGUCUCUGAUGGACAACAAGUGAGGAAGAAGAAGAGGAUGCAGAGAGAGAGAGUAUCUAUGGGACACUCAGCUCUUCCUCUCAUCCUUCAGAGACACUCAUUCUUUCCUGGCCUCAACAUCUCUGUUGCAGGUCCAGGGAGUCUGGCCCCCCCCCCCCCCCCCCUGCCCAGCUGGAGUCCCUCUGAGUGGGGCAGGAGUGCUGCUGAGGAGGCCCAUCACUGGAGCUGGGCCUCCAUCUGUUUACAUUUAACCUUCACAUGGAAUGCCCAUGGUGUCCGUUCAGACAUGUGGAUUUGUCUGCAUGCUUGUGAGUUUGAUCACACUGUGAAUGCAUUCUUGAGUCUCCCUGGUCUUACAAGAGCUUGUGUGUGUGCAUGAAAACACACACACACACACACACACCCACACACACACACACACACACACACACAUUUCUACAUGCAGCAAUUGCUCUAACAAUACAGCAAGUUUCUGAAGUGUCACCCUUUUCUGACUCUGAACCAGAACAUGUUCAAUGCCUGUCAGGAAGUGUUCCUCCAUGCAGUACCAGCGGAGGCCACCAGAGUGCAGGAUUUACACACAGAGGAGCAGAAGACUAAGCCACGAAGAAGUUUUCAUUAGUGACCAAAUGGACUGUGCCAACUACCUUUCAUGAGUGUUUUCUACAGCAAGCAUGUGUGUUUUUAACCCCUUGUUCUCUUCUCUCCUUCUGUGUUCAUUAUCACACAAAUGUUGCCUUUCUCAGUGACAGCCCAGCAUACCGAGUUGCACUUUUUCUGAGGAAUUUUUCAUGGUGCCUGUGAAGAACACCAGAGUCUGGGGGGUUUGGAGGCACCACAAGAGGCCAAACUGCAGAGAAAAUUGGAAUGGGUUACAGCCAGCUUUCCUGAGCGUGUUGGUCUGCAAUUUAAGUGAUUAAAAGCUUGAUUCAACACUGUAGAAGCAGAGUAGAAGAGCACAACAGAUCAAAUAAAAGCACACAGCCAUUCCCUUAAAACUCCUCAAUUCAUUUUUUUUUUUUGUUCAUUUAUGAUAAAUUCAUGUAAUUAUAUUUUUUUAAGGGGAAAAAAUAGCUCUAAGGAAUCAUCACAAUUUAACUGAAGAGUAAUCUCUCAGCAUAAGGGGAGGAAUAUUUUAUCUAUCUGCAUUUCAAAAAUAGUGUCAAACACUCCAAAAUAUCAACCUUUUCUGCUUCUGCUAGGUCAAAGAAAACUUAAAGUCUUUUCCCUCAUUUAGUCAUACAUAAUUUUGAAUACACAUAAAAUUUUAGCUAGAUGAGGUAAUCAUAUCAUUUUAGAACCAUAGUUUGUAUUGAGGAAAUAUUGAAAUGUUUUUAUUGUGCAUGGCUUAAAUAGAAAACUUAAAGUAGUGGUUGAAACAGUAAACUAAAAGUGAGAAAACUGUCACUAAAUUAAUGGAAAACUAGUUGAAUUGGUUGAAAAUAGUACACUGAAAUCUAGUAAGCUGAAUUUCUAAAAUAAAUUGUUAAAAAUAAUUUCAUCCUGGCCAUGGCAUAGUGGACCAGCUCUUCACCCUUGCAGGGCUUCUUGGGGGUGCAUGGGAGUUUGCCCCUCCAGUCUAAAUGUGUUUUUUGGACUCAGAGACUUGGAAGCUUGAAGGCUUAUGAUCACGUCCCUCAGGGGGUCAUAUGUGGCCCGCCGAUGUGGUGAGCCAUCAGGUCCCUGUUUAACCAGUGCGAGAGUUGUGUCUGAAUACAAAUUCAGACAUGCUCCCAGUGUAUGUUGGGCUCAGCUAGGGCUUCCCCUCAUCACAGAUUCUGUUUGUGGUUUUAAUGUAAAGAAUCUCAAGGUGUAGUUAGGGGUAGGAGGGUUUCCAGUUUGGGGACCUCAGAGCUCCAUCUCUGCUUUUUGCAGAUGAUGUGGUUUGGUUGGCUUCCAUUGUUAGGGCUCAUCAUCACACAUCAGGCCUAGCAACAAACACUUGCAGUGUGACAUAAUCAAGGAUGCCUCAAGAACCAGGUUCAUCUGUUGUAGCAAUGAUUGAUAGUCUUUGACCCGCCUCCCUGAUGGCCUAUGGAUGCGCACACAGCUGCAAAUAAUGAAUGACAAAAUAAUGACAUGAUGGGAGCAUAUGACUGAUUAGGUUUGCACUUUUGGUGUCGCCAGGCUGUCAGCCACUAGAUAUUAGAUUUUGCAUGGUCUUAAAUGGUGCCAUUAUAAAAGACAAAAAUAGUGCUGUGUGAACCAGAUUAAACAAUGUGUAUUUAGUGACAAACAUAAAGUGAUAAAGCUGACAAGAAGCCAAAGAACAAAUCCUUUUUUACCUCUUAGCUUCAUCUGUCAUUGUCCUCUUCUGUCUCUUAGCCUUAGUCAGUGUGUCAAACAGUGGGCUAACUGGCUUCUUUUUAGCUGACAUCAUGCUAAAUGCACUUCAAUCAGGAAAGACCUAAUACGAGUUUAACAAUAAUUUGUUUCACUAAUUGAAUGAAAGAGAAUUGUUUAAAGUCCUUGGCAAUUAGACUCUACCUUGACGAUAUCAUGUAUUUGAAGGGGUAUGGAGGCAAACGGCAGAAAUAGGAUACCCCCCGGAGUCUAGACACUGGUGGUGGUGUUAAGAGAUGCAGGAUCAGAUGAGGAGUAGGCUUCUGAGAAGCUGCCUAGGAACUAGGGAUGCAGGAUAAGAUGAGCAGGAGACCUGAAAGGAUCUGGACUAGAUAUUGGAUAACUGAAUGGAGGUGGCUGGGGUGGAGGAGGGUUGCCGCAUCUGCACAGAACGACUAGCUGAUGGGGAAAGAGAGAAUGACACAUUUAAAAUCUGACAGGUGCAUGAUGAUUGGACAAACCGGGUUGUGGCAGAAUCUGAUAAGUUGAGAACUUAGGAGAGUGAACGCCCAUAAUCAGCUGAUUGUCAGAGCAGGAAGAGAGAAAGAAUGGAAAAGGGAUAGAUAUGAUUAAGUGGUGACUGAAGAAUGAGCAGAAACAGUCUUCCUGCAUGAUCUUUUGCUGAGCUCAAUUUCUCACGAGAGAACUGCAGCCCACUGCUAAAGUUACACAAUUAUCUCAGUUCGAAGUAAAUUUAAUAUUUGCUGGACUUUGAAACUGUGAUUUGAAUCUGGAAAAGUUACAUACUAUUGCUUUAAAAUACCAUUUUAGCUUUAUUUUUGGAUAUUAGUUUGGUAUAGAAGUAUAUAUUGAUAAGGUAAACAGAUUGCUGUUUUUUUAAUCCCACAAGAGAAAUAUUAAAGCCUUAAUUCCAUGAUUUCUGUUGAAAAUGGAGCAGCAGCACUCUCAGGAAAACUGGUUGCAAUCCUGCCUGGAGUCGAGCCUCUGGAAACAGAAAAAGCUUGAAUCAGGUCCAUUUAGAAAACAGUUUGUGGUUCCACUUUUUUAAAACAAGAAGCUGCUUUUGAUGCCAAACUCUCCCAGUGAUCAGUGAGUCAGUAUUCAGUCGGUAUUGGGCUUCACAGUAACAGCACAGAGUAUCUAUCAUUCAUGUUUGUACCUGAAGAGAAAUUUUGAUACUGUUUCCCCCCUGUUGCCUCCUUAAUACGUCCGACACAGCUGCAUCUGAUUGGUCAUCCAGCACGGACCUGCACCUGUGAUCCAAGUGCCAAGAGUCUUCCCCAUCCUGAGGUGUACUGUAGUGAUCCGGCUCUCUUCAUUCGCUAGUUUUCAUCCCAGGAGUGGGCAGAGGUGUGGAUGUAUCUCUCCCUUUCUUCUUCUUCCAAUCAGGACGUUGUGUACCAAAGCCUUGAAACAGCCCCCUCUGUGGCAUGACAACAAUGUGCAAUUUCAUACUGCAUCUUGAAGACUGACUGUUUACUAAGUGUGUACAAUAUUUUUGAAAAUUGUGAUUCUUAACUACUGUGCAAUUUCUGUCGUUUGAGAAGAUCCAUUAAAGUCUAUAUUGCUGUAAAUAGGAAACGGGGAGCCCAAUAUUUCUAUGAAGACAGUGGAAACCUUAAUAAAUAUAUAUAUAGAUAUAUAGAUAUAUAUAUACCUUAUUUUAAAAUCUAUUUUUAUGUUGGUUUUAGCAGCUCUAGUGGGAGGUUUAAACUGUGCAGAGAUGCAGAAUGUGUGCAGAUGUUGUUAAACGUUGACUGUUAAGUGUUCCUUCUCAAUGUUGUGCACUGACUUCAAGAUUUCUAUUUAUUCAGAGAGCCAACUGAUUGAUUGCAUUGCUGAAUAU